UAGAAAUACUUACCCACAUAAAAUGAGAUUUGUUAUUUGUCUUGCACUACUCGCCGCUGUGACUCUAGUCAAGGUCACCGCAGACGCUGGCCGUUCGGCUUGUGAAGACCCAACCGAAAUCGGACAAACCUACACACAUCAUUUCGAUCCAGCUAAAUAUUGGUUCUGCGAGACACUUGGUGAAGCCGCUGUCGAGAAGGAUUGUCCGAGUGGCAUGGCGUAUAUGCACUUGCUGAAAGAAUGCAUACCUUGGGCCAAUUGGCAAUGGAAACAACCUGAAAAUCCACCAACUUUGGCUUAAACUCGUCUGG